AUGGUCAACCUCAGCCGCGUUGUGCGCGCCCUCGGCCUCGCCUCCGUCUUUUUCCUUCGCGUGGCCGCCGACAGCCAGGGCUCCUCUCUCUGGGACCCGCCCGUCGACAACGAGGCCAACGUCUACGCUCGGGUGAUUGAGCUGCAGCACGCGGCCGACCACAAGGUCAAUGGCCGCCUGCUGGCCACCUGGGAGCACUGGUACACCACCGGCCCUGACACCGCGGUCGGCAACGGUACGGCGGGCGGUUUUAUCAUCCGUGCCAGUGACGACGGCAGCGAUUCCUGGGCGACGUUGACGACCGUCGAGGACACGGCGUCCGGGCCACAGCAGCCGCUGUCCCUCUUCUGGCAGCCGUUCCUGUUUGAGUUCCCCGUCGCUCUGGGCAAGUAUGCCGCCGGCACGCUCUUGCUGGUGGGCAACCUCGUGCCGCAGGACAAGAGCACGACCAACUUUUACACGUGGCGGUCGACCGACCACGGCACGACGUGGAAAGCUGUGGGACACCGACCCUGGCAGACAGGCGGUCCGCCGAGCGCCGGCAUCUGGGAGCCCUUCCUCUACCUCGACAAGCACAACCGGCUGGUGGCCGUGUUUUCCGACGAGCGCCAGAACACGGCGCACAGCCAGAUGCUGGUGCACGUCGUGUCGACGGACGGCGGCGACUCGUGGGGCGACGUGGUCGUGGACGUCGCCAGCGACGCCCAGAGCGACCGGCCCGGGAUGGCCACCGUGGCGCGGUUGCCCAGCGGCCAGUAUGCCAUGAGCUACGAGGUGUGCGGCCGGCCGGGGUGCCCGGUGCAUGUGAAGACGGGCGACGGCACCGAGUGGCGGGCCGCCGACAUCGGGAGCCCCGUCGUGUCCGACCACAUGUACGCGGGCUCCAGUCCGUACAUGAUCUGGGACCCCAGCACCGAACAGCUCGUCUUGUCCAGCCAUGCCAUCUGGGACGACGCGACGGACACGCAGGCACCGCCGACCCGCCGGGCCGUGUUUACCAACAGCGACAAGAACGGCGCCGGCGCUUGGUCGUGGUCGCCGGCCCCCUGGGCGGCCAGCAAUGCCUCGGCCGCGUGCAACGCCAACUACAGCCCACACCUUCUCCCGCUCCAAGGCGGGACGAUCCGGUACACCACGCCGUCCAGCGAGGGCGCCUCGGGUCUCUGCUCGGAACGCACAGGCGCCGCACCGGUCGGCGUCCUGCCGUACCGCGCCGACUUUGCUGCCCACGGACAGCUGGGGUGGUUCGACCUCGGCGGAAGCUGGUCGGUCGACGGCGACGCGUACUCGGUGGGGUCGGUGGGCAACAUCGACGCCCGCGCCGUCACAGGCUCCUCGGGGUGGACCGACUACACGGUGGCGGCAGACGCCAUGAUUGUCGGCAGUUCGGGCGUCGUUGGGCUCAAUGCCCGUGUCACGUCUCCGUGGAAUGGCCUCAACGCCUUCAAGGGCUACACGGCUGCCAUCAACAGCUUCACGGGCAACCUGACGCUCUCCCGCGAGGCGCACGCUAUGGUGGUGCUGUCCAGUGUGGCCCACCCGGGCGGCGUCGUCGGCAACACCUGGUACCACUUGUCACUGACCGUCCAUGGGCACGAGCUGACUGCCUCUGUAUCGUCUGCUACAGGGAAGACGACGACUACUGUAACCGCUGUGGACAACAGCUUCCCGCAGGGCAUGGCGGGGCUGCUAGUCAACGAUGGCGCGGGAAGUUUUAGCAAUGUUCAUAUCAAUAAGGUGUGA